AUGGCCCUCGACGAAGUCCCCCCGAUUGCCAUGCCAGGCAAAGUCCUAGGCCCGGUCACCAAGUUUGCGCCCGGCCCCGGCACGCACGUCUACGAAGGCAAUGUCGUCUCAUCUUUGCUCGGCAAGGUCACCGUCACACAACCGGCCAAGGCAGCCGGUCCUGCCAAGCGACUGAACAAGAUCACCGCCCCGACCACCGAAGAGCUUGCGACCGUCUCCGUGUCCCGCCACGGCCGUAAGCGCGAGGUCCUUCCCGACGUCGACAACAUUGUACUCGCCCGUGUUCUGCGACUCAUGCCCAAGCAGGCCAUCGUGGUUAUCCAGCAGGUCGGCGACACGGUGCUCGAGACUGAGUGGCAGGGCGUUAUCCGAGUGCAGGAUGUGAGGGCAACGGAGAAGGACAAGGUCAAGAUUUAUGAAUCUUUUAAGCCGGGUGAUAUUGUCCGAGCCCAAGUGAUCUCCCUCGGUGACCAAGCAAACUACUAUCUCUCAACAGCUUCAAACGAACUUGGUGUGAUAAUGGCUCUGAGCGAGGCGGGCAACGACAUGGUUCCCUUGAGUUGGAAAGAGUAUCAAGAUCCUGAAACGGGUAUAACCGAGCCCCGAAAGGUCGCAAAGCCCAGCUGA